GGAGCGGAACGGAACGGAACGGAACGGAGCCAUGGGAAAGCUUCAAGAAUUUGAUAUCACUUUUGCCAACAACAAGGUGGUUUACGGUCCCGGAGAAUCCAUCAGCGGAACCGUGAAGAUACGGAACGCCAACGCGCUGCAGUACAAAGCCAUCAAGGUGUACUGUCAGGGAUCAUGUGGGAUAUCCAACAAAAUGAACGACGCCUCAUGGAUUCUGGAGGAGCAGUACUUCAACAGCACGUUGUCUAUUGUCGACAAAGGAACCCUGGCGGCAGGCGAGCACAGUUUCCCCUUCCAGUUUCUCAUUCCAGUUGCUGCUCCGACUUCCUUUGAGGGACCCUUUGGGAAGAUUAUUUACCGCGUGAGGGCGGCUAUCGACACGCCCCGCUUCUCUAAGGACUACAAAGCCCAGAGGCCCUUCUACCUGCUCAACCGGCUUAACCUAAAUGAGGUGCCUGCCAUUGAACAUCCGAGUUAUGCUGUAACCACGAAGAAGUUCAGUUACCUUCUGGUGAAGACGGGGACCCUAAUGCUGAAAGCUCGCAGUGACCUGAAGGGUUACAUCCCAGGGCAGGUCAUCAAGUUAGCCACCGAGAUCCACAACAAGUCUGGGAAGGACACAGGAUGUGUGCUGGCUAGUCUCAUACAGAAAGUGACCUACAAGACCAAGCGGCCUGUGUUCGACCUGCGGACCAUCGCGGAGGUGGAGGGAGCAGGAGUGAAAGCAGGAAAACAUGCAGAGUGGAGAGAGCAGAUCAUCGUCCCUCCUCUUCCUCAGUCAGCACUGGCUGGCUGCAGCCUCAUAGACAUCGACUACUUCAUUCAGGUGUCCCUAAAAUCUCCAGAUGCAGUCGUCACUCUACCCAUCUACAUUGGGAACAUCGCUGUGAACUUGACUCCGUCGAGGCUCACGCAUUCCACUCCGGGCCGCUGCGCCGCGACCGCCGCACCCAGCGCGGCAGGCGUGACACCCAGUGCUCCGCCGGCGGAGGAGGAACCAGUGGAGGGGCUGUGUGCAGGCGGCGUGGCCAGUGAGGAGAUCCCCACCAAGAGCCACUCUCAGCAGGAUCCCUCAGGUCAGCCGGUCACCAUGUCCCCCAGCGCCUUCAGCCACGCACCGGAUGCAGCCCUUCCUCCCGGCCACAGACGGCCCGACGCGUCCGCUCCCCUGUUCUGUGUGUCCACCGGGGCCACCAUACCGUUCUUCACCGAGGGAAACGUGACUCCUAUCCCUACCUCCUGUUCUCUCAUCCUCCCUCCAGAGUACAGCAGCUGGGACUACCCUCAUGAACCCCCACCUUCUUACGAGGAAAGCUGCAGUAGCGCCAACUCCAGUUUCAACAGCAGACAGUAGAGAAGAAACAGGUGAUGAAGCAUGAAGGCGGCGCCCACUCACACCUGUCUGCAUUCGACACUCGACAAAUCAGUACAUUGACACAGGGGGUUACAGAGGACGGACGAUAACUCCCACCCCCGCGAACACCCCAAAGACUGUUUCUUUGUCCUUGAUAAGUAAAAAAAAAAGAAAAAAAAAAAAAAGAAAAAGGGAUCAUAUCUUAUAUUGAAUAUAAGUUUAAUUCUCAUGUCUCAUCAGGUAGAGUCAGACAGAACGGGUGAACAUCACUGUGCCUAAAAGAUGUAUUUUGGAUCAUCACACAGCAUUUCCAAUAUUCCGUGAUCGGACAUGUUUCUUUGAUGGGGCGGAGUUAAAUCUGUUUUGUUUUUCCAAUGACUUUUGCAUCUGUGAUGCCUUGAAAAUUAUUUCGGCCUGCUUAAGGUUCAUGUUUGACGAGAUCAAUCGCUAGCCUUUUUUUAAAGUCUUGUUCCAGUUGUGCACUUGUUAUUGUGGUCCACCGCUGUCCGAUUGUGUCUCAGUUGUCCUCAUCAGCAGCAGAGGUGUAUUCAUGCUGGAUGUCUAAAGGAGAACUCAUCACCAGAGGUUGUGGUUUAACUAGUCAAAACCCCAGUGUGGAGGAUUUUAUGUAAUUAUAGCAUCUUAAUAAUACCACGAUAAGAUGCCAGUCAGAACGUGUUAGAAUCCUAAACAUAUAGCCUUGGAAGACAAAUAGUUUCACAGCAACACCUCUCAGUUGUGUUACUCCAAACAGAGGUAGCAGCAAAAACAAAAAUAAUUUACUGUAGUUAUACAAAUAAAUCCAGUCACACUCGAAUCUGAAUAUUUUUUCGCAUUCUUUUUAUCGACUUCACCAACUGGACAACUUAAAUUUUAACAUUUAAAGAUAAUUUAUGUUGAGAAAAAUGAAACACAGAAGAGCACGUGCACUGAUCUCUUUCUGGAAAAAGAUUGAUUUUUUAGAUAAUAAUAAAAAAAAUAUAUAUAUAUAUCUUUAUCUUUGAACUGGUACCGUGUUGUUGUCUCAUACAACUGAGAGGUUUCGCUUUGCCACCCCUUUUGUAUUCAGAGGACAGUUAAUCUGCAGAUGAGGCUCAUUUCUCCUGCAGCUGGAUGUGAUGACUGCACUGAUGACUCAGUCUUUCUCUGCCCUCUUGUGGCCGUCACUGGUAAUAAACCUAUCUUAGACUCAUCUUGCAAGUGGAGAUGAACAUAAUCAGCCAUGAUCUGCUGUUUGAAGUUUUUGUUGAGCAGAACGAACAAAUUGAGGAUUGAGAUGCGUGAUGUUUUAAGAUGUGAUGCGGGUGUUUAGCGUCACUGUUUCGGUCUAAAUGAUAUUAUAUAUUGUUGUUUUUUCCUGUUUGUUGCCUUAACGUUCUUUUAGUGUUGCGUCCGUGAGAUGAGAACGCUCUGAAAUUUCAGUCGGUGCAGAUGAUAAACAUACAUGUGCACAGCACAGCACUUUUUACUAUUUGCAUGGAUUUCUGAGUGCACGUCUACUGUGUGUGUGUGUGUGGUGUGUGUGUGUGUGUGUGUGUGGUGUGUGUGAGCCUGCGUGAGUGCGUCUGUUUGUGUGUGUGUGUGUGUGUGUAUAUGUUCCGGUUAGAGACAUUUUCUUUGUCUGUGUACGAGGGCUGGGUGAUAAUUCCACACUUUUAACUUUCAGUCUGAUCUUGUGAUCUGAUCUUAUCAUCUUGUCACUCCACAAAUGUCUCCUGUCCAAAUUAUCUCAUCUUAACUCAUCAGCCUUUAUUAAAAACUAAUAAAGAGUUUGAUCUCAUGUAAUUCAUAAGUGUGAAACAGAAUACAAAAUGAAUCUGUUAUUUUGGACUUUGCAUACAUUUGUCAUAUUCUGUCAUUUCUUAAUGACAGUAAAUAUCCUUAUUUAUAUAAUUAACCAUAUCAUUCAGCCCUACCGUUCAUCAGCACAUAAUCAUUGUCACUUUUCGGUGCAAAACUAAUACCCCUGAAAAUCUUAAGCACAUCUGCUGUCCUAAAUGUUUGUGUGACUACUGACUUAUUUGUCUUAUUUUACCACCUUUUAGUACAAUCUCAAAGUCUAUCCUGUGAAUUCAGACGACAAAAACAUCACAGUGCUGGUGUUGGCUCCUGACCGCAGAUCACGUUGCCAAGUGUUUUCCAGAAUUUUUAUUCGAUUUGUGAGACACAUCAGCUCCGUGAUUUUCCACAGACAAACUGCCGUUACCGUUGGAAACCUGACAGUCACCCAAACUACGGUGUCCUGGCCCUACAUCAUUGUGAAUGCAUGCCUUAAACAAUCUUGAUCCCCAACACCUCUUACAGGAGUUUGUGAUGGACUUUGCUUCUCCUCUGUCAGGGAGGACGUCAGGAUGUGCAGCUCUUCCUAGUUUUGUCUCCUGUGGACUGUGCUCAUUGCACUCGAUGUACACCAAUGUAGCUUUUAAAAACACAGAGGAUACUGGACCUUAGACCUGUUUUUAUUCUUGUUUUAGAAAAUAUGUGCAAUUCCUCUAAUGCAGCACCAACUCCCUGAAGUAAUUUCAUGCUGCCUUUAUCGAUCCUGAUUCUGUUUAAUUCCUUUCCACCCAAAAGGUACUAUAGCUUUAUGAAGCUCCAAAUAUUUUUUAUUUUUUUUCAUUCUUUCCCCCUCACAUAUUGAUGAGUGGUGUCUGGUUUUGUAUUUUUCUACUUGUUAAACUGUUUACAGGUGCGGUAUGCAGAUACUCAUAGUAGCACCUCAAUCAGUAAAUGUAAUAUUUCAGCAUACAGUGCAGAAUCAGUUGUACUGUACAGUAUAACAAUAAAGAUAUAUGACGUGUUUUUGUUGUUUAUGUCAACAGGGUCAACUUUGUGGUUCAGAAAUGGGAACAUGCUUCCAAAACUAAUUUUACUUUUCUUUUAAGAAACAGUUAGCAUUACAGCUCCUUGCAACAACAAGGCCGUUAAAAGUGCAUUACAUAAGAGCAAACAUUUCUAUUUGUUUAGACUUAAAACAGCUGAAAUAACAUAAGAACACCACUGAUUAUCUAUUUGUUCAGUCUUAAAACAGCUGAAAUAACACAGGGACACCACUGAUCUAGAGCUACAUCUAAGUAUGAAGGUCUUUUUUGAUCAUUUGUGUACAGCUGCAGGAAUCCUGGUGAAAGCUGCCCAGAUGUCGUAAAAGCAGCACAUACAAAAAGGCAGCUAGUAGAAGCUGUUGCAAUGGUUAUUAAAGUCAAAGGACGCAGGGGCUGAAUGUUUUACAAAGGCUAAGAUUAGAGGCAGCUGA